AAGUGGUUGACGCGGACAUCGGCGCGCACCACCGCGGGCGCUCCAAGCCUCCGAGGUAUGAAUAAUGAAGAGAAGCGGCUGCUGGCGGGUGGCAAACAAUGAAGAAAUUCGGCAAAAAAUGAGCCACAGAAACACUACUUGCUGAGGAGGUUUGAAGUCGUCGUCGUCGUAUUGGUGUUUUCUGUCGGCUGUCCCGAGGAGAGAGGCUGUCGGCAUUUUCAGAAAGAGCCGCAGGUGUUCAAAGAAUUAUCCAGACAGACCUGCUGAUGGCAAAGAUGGGUUGGGCUGCUGGUACUCAAUGUGUAGCCAAAGGGGAUCACAAGAAACCCAAACCUGGAGAACUGUUGUACCACAAAGGAGACAUCCUCACUAUUGUUGACACAAGCAUGAAGAAGGGAUAUUACAAGGCCAGACACAACACCACAGGAGAAGAAGGAUUCAUUAAUGCCACCAGUGUGCGUGAAAGAGAGGCUCUGCGAGUCAACCCCAGCCUCAGCCUCAUGCCCUGGUUCCAUGGAAAGAUCUCUGGUCCUGAGGCAGUGUCUAAGCUACAGCCGGCUGAGGAUGGCCUUUUCCUGGUGCGAGAGAGUAUCCGUCAUCCUGGCGACUACGUCCUGUGUGUUAGCGUCUCUGGAGAGGUCAUUCACUAUAGGGUGAUUUAUCAGGACAACAAGCUGACCAUCGACAAAAUACAGUAUUUCUACAAUCUCAUUGAUAUGAUAGAGUUCUAUUCAAAGAACAAAGGCUCUAUUGCUACAACACUCCUGAAACCCAAACAGAAACAGGGAACCAAGUCAGCUGAGUUGGAGCUGUCAAAAAAUGGAUGGCUGCUGGACAUUGCGAAGCUCACUUUGGGAGAGAAUAUCGGCGAAGGGGAGUUUGGUGCUGUUUAUGCAGGAGAGUACAUGGGCCAGAGGGUGGCAGUGAAGAUCAUUAAAUGUGAUGUCACAGCUCAGGCAUUCCUGCAGGAGACCACAGUUAUGAUGAAGCUGCAGCAUAAAAAUCUGGUGCGGUUGUUGGGAGUCAUCCUUCACAAAGGGCUUCACAUUGUCACAGAGCUCAUGACAAAGGGAAACCUUGUUAACUUUCUCAGGACAAGAGGGCGGUCAGUUGUAAACUCUGUUCAACUGCUUCGCUUUGCCCUUGACGUGUGUGAAGGGAUGGAGUACCUGGAGUCAAAGAAGCUGGUUCAUAGAGAUUUGGCAGCUCGUAAUGUCCUAGUUUCUGAUGACAAUGUGGCCAAGGUGAGCGACUUCGGCCUAACCAAAAUGGAUUCCAAGGUGCCAGAUAAAGCCAAACUGCCGGUGAAAUGGACGGCACCUGAAGCUCUGAAGAAAGAGAAAUUCUCCACAAAGUCGGAUGUUUGGAGUUAUGGCGUUCUUCUGUGGGAGAUCUUCUCAUACGGCCGGCAGCCUUACCCCAAGAUGUCUCUGCAGGAUGUGAAGGAGAAAGUAGAGGAAGGCUAUCGCAUGGAAGCUCCAGAGGACUGUCCCCCAAGUGUUUACUCACUAAUGACGGUUUGCUGGGAGCAGGAGCCUCGGAAAAGACCUGGCUUUCACAAGCUGAGGGAGAAACUUGAACGAGAGAUGGGAAAACUCAGCCCGGGCCAUGGAUCAAAGUCUCUUGAUCAGAGCGGAUCUUGAUCCUAAAUUACCACUCUGCAGGACAGGAAACACAGUACCAGCUGGACCAUUACUACUCAAAUUGUGACCCCUCUUUUCUGUUGGAGAUACAAGACUUUCCUGAAGGAAUAGACAAGGAACUCUGGUGAUGAAUGUAUGUAAUGCAAGUGAGAAUAUGGCUGGUGCCACGAAUACACCAAACUUCACUUUUUUGGGUCUCUGUGUCCUAAUACAUCUGAAAAAGUACUGGGUAAAGUGCUAUGAAACAUUAUACAAACAUUUGUGUUCCACAGAGGAUGAGUGACCUCAGUGAUCCCUUAACUUUGCCUGUCACCCCAGCAGAAACACAUUUGUGGUUUUGAGUAAAUUGUCACAACAGCUGUUUGAUAGAUCACAAUGAUUUUUAUGUUCCUCUCAGGAUGGAUUGUAAUCAUUUUGGUAAACCCUUAAAGCAACACUAUACUUUUGCAGAGCAGUAGCAACAGGAGCCUUUGUGGCUGUGAGUGGUACUUGCAGGUUCCAGGGGCAUUAAUUUCUCCUGGGUUCUGAGUUUAAUCAGGAAAUGGUUGGAUGGGCAAAAUUGAUCUUGUUUCUGAUUUUUGGUAAUCAGAUUAAUUCACCAGCUCAUUCAGUGGAAGUUGCUGCACAUGUGGGCUAUAAUAACAUCAGUCAUGAGUAGAGUACAGGUUUCAUGUUCAGUCAUGACUGAGAUUUAGCAUUCCUGAGUUACUCCUUUACCCGUCUGGCUACUUCAUGGCCAACUCCAAGUUCCAAGAGGGUUUUGGGAGAAUAUGUUGGUUCCUUAGGAACAGGUACUUUGAGUCCACAUUAAACAGAUUUCACUGACCACUGUGAACGAGGACAUCAGCUUUCAGGUUACAUGUCCAAUGGGGCACAAGCAGGUGACAAAAAUCUGUGCAGGGAAGAGACUGACUCUAAAGUACCUGUAAGGGGCUUGUUCCCCAUAUAAAAAAAAAAACAUCUAGCCAGACUGGAAGUUUGGUACAGUAGGACAAGGGGGUAACUUGAAUCAAAGAAGGAGCCAAGUAUAUCAAGUGUUUUUUGUUUUUUUUUAAUGGGUACCUUUGGAGAUUUUUGAGAAAUUAUACAAAUUAUACUGUAUUAAGUAACUAAAUAGCUUUGGGGUAGUUGAGGAGUAGACAAACAGUGUAAUAACACUAGGUUGGGGUGCAGGCUGUUAUAUGCUUCAAUUAUUGUUACAGGUGAAUAUAGCUUUCAAAUGGAGCCGUUUUGGCCGGCUCUCCUAUUCAGAUGCAGUUUAAGAUGGUUUUUCUUCAGUCUUAACAUGUUUAUUUUACAUUGAAAAGGUAAGGGUAACAGAAGAAUUCCAAAAGUCAAAUUGAACAACAAGAGCAGGAAUGUCUUAAAAAAACAAAAAGCAAAACUGUAACUUAGCCUUCAGGUUUAUCCCCUCUAACUGAAAGGGCAUGCCAAAGCUCCUCUCUUUGGAACCUAUCUCCACCUGUAAACGCAGCUCAAGCAUACUACCCAUAGUGUAGAUACUGCUAAAGGACUGAAAACAUUUUCAAGUGCAUAUGUUUAUGACAAAGUCUAUUUAUUGCAGUGCACAUAUCACCUGUUUCACACCCUGUGAUUGUCCUCUGCUUUUAUUUAAACUGAAAAA